AUUGAGAAGUUUUCGCACUGGCGCUGCAUCGCGGAUUCAAGAACAAAAUUACUAAACUUGCUGCAAGUCGUAUGUGCUUUGUAUACAUGUACUAUAUACAUGAUUAAGGCCUAACCUCCAUAAUAUGGUUGUAUGACGAUGAAGCAAUCUAGAGCAUGUCUGCUCUGUCUUGGUUUCGCGGUUAUUGGUGCCAUCCAUUUGGGGGUCGGGAUUCUGAUCGGGUUUUAUGGAAUCUCGGACGGACCGUGUCCGACCUCGACAUCGACGUGGAAAGAAGAUGAAACGAUUACGAGUAAGAUGAUGGAUGAAUGUAAGGCGGAAAACAUCGAGAGGAAUCUCAAAGAAUUGAGCAGACGACCUCAUUUGGCGGGAACGCCGGUUGAGAAAGAGAAUGCUGAGAUGCUUGUAAAUCUCUGGACCGAGUACGGAUUCGAUUCGGUUCGGUUACUCUCUUACGAUGUUCUCUUGGCUUAUCCUGAUCCGGACAAUCCGAAUAAAGUGAUGAUAACAGAUAAUGGAGUCCCUGUCUUCACCAGUGCUCUCAACGAGGCUGUCCUCCGACCCGAGGAUAAUAAUACAAAUGCUGUACCACCGUUCAAUGCAUACUCAGCACAGGGAGAACCAGAGGCCCCUCUCGUGUAUGUCAACCAUGGAACAUCGGAUGAUUUUGAUUGGCUAGCCAAGAACAGACCAGAUAUCAAUAUCAAUGGAUCGAUCGUCAUUGUCAAAUACGGCAAAGGUUUUCGUGGACAUAAAGUACUAAAUGCUCAAAAAGCAGGUGCUUUAGGAGUAAUCAUCUAUUCAGAUCCUGCAAAUUAUGCUCAAGAAGGUCCAAACGCAGCGUAUCCGACUGACUGGUGGUUACCGGAUACCGGUACACAGCGAGGUAACGUGUUUGUUGGGAGCGCAAAGGGAGAUCCGGCUACUCCCGGUUAUCCGUCUAAACCUUAUAUGUACCGAUUAAACGACUCGGAUACCACUCUCCCGACUAUUCCGGUGCAUCCGAUUAGCUACGGAGAUGCGCAACAUCUGCUCAAUGAACUUGCCGGUGAUGAGGUCCCUGAUGACUGGAAGGGAGGUCUCAACAUCACCUACAGAUUUGGACCAGGUUUCACUAAUCCCAACAGAAAGGUGAAAAUGAGCAUACAUACUUCACGAGAGAUUCGAACCAUCUACAACGUGAUUAGUGUCAUCAACGGAGCAGUUGAACCAGAUCGUUACGUGUUGCUAGGCAACCAUCGUGAUGCCUGGGUUUAUGGUGCUAUUGAUCCAUCCAGUGGAACGGCAGUUCUUAUGGAGACAACAAGAGUCUACUCCCAAGUGAUAAAAACAGGUUGGCGACCACGAAGAUCUGUGAUGUUCUGUAGCUGGGGAGCCGAGGAGUAUGGUCUACUAGGAUCUACUGAGUUUGUAGAGGAAUAUCAAAAGAUUCUUGGCGAAAGGGCUGUGGCUUAUAUCAACGUAGACAGCGCUGUGGUUGGGAAUUAUUCGUUUGUUGCCAGGGCAACGCCCCUCUUGCAGCAGGCUUUAAUGGAUGCAACUAAAAAGGUACCUGACGGUGAGACGCGAGAAAGAUCAGUCUAUGAUCUAUGGUUACAGCGAAUCCCUGGUCCUAAUGGCAAGCCUUACGUAUCAGUUAUUGGAUCAGGCAGUGACCACGCCCCGUUCAUACACCGUAUUGGAGUCCCUUCCACCGACCUGCUUUAUGUCUAUGACCUCAGUUUGGGCUUAUCAUCUUAUCCCGUCUACCAUUCCGUGUAUGAGAACUUUUACUACGUGAAGAACUUCUUGGACUGGAACUUCUGGCGCCAUCAGGCCAUGGCAAGAGUCUUUCUAGAAUUCUCGCGAGAUCUCGCGGACUCCGCGAUUCUUCCGUUCGGUUGCACGGAUUAUGCCACAAAGCUUAGGCAAGCUGCACAAGGCUUUAGGAGUAAUUUCGGGGAAAAGAUGACCCAGAAUGGGAUCGAUUUUGAUUAUAUGGACUCGGCGCUAGAUAAUUUUACAGAAGCAGCACAUCAUUUUGAAAUGCGCCUAGCUGAUAUUGAUUUAAAAGAUUCAUUUGCAGUGAGACGUGUUAAUGAUCAGAUGAUGCAACUUGAACGAGCUUUUAUUGAUCCAACAGGUCUUCCAGAUAGGAAAUGGUUGAGGCACUUAAUAUUUGCACCCAGCAGCAUUGAUUCCUAUGCUGGUUCUGAGUUUCCUGCCGUGGUCGAUGCCCUGUAUCGUAUCGACGACGAUCCCGAUCAACAGGCUCGAUGGGAUAAUGUGAGAAAGCAACUAGCAAUCUUAACAUUCACGAUCCAAUCAGCGGCCAGCACACUCAGUGACGUCACACAACUGUGAUUUUCUCAUCCAAUCAAACGCCAGUAAGCCCCGGGAACGUACGAAAUUGCAGCUUUCCGUAUCCAGUCUUCGGCCAGUACACUCAUUGACGUCACACAAAUUCAGCAGGAUUUCCUACUGGUAUCUAACUACUUACCAAUAGGGUGAUAUCGCACAGUGACGGACGGAGGAUUCAAGAACAUAGAAAAUGUAUUGUCAAAUGCCCAUCAUGACAAAAAACAACCAUGAAGUCUUUGUCGACAAUUGGUGAAUCAAAAUGGUAGUUUCGUCCUGGACUCUGGACAAACGACAUUAUUUGCAAAUUUUCGUCAGCUCCGAAACUUAGGUCGAUAAUGUUGUUCCGGUUCACCAGUUUUCGCUGUACUUUGUCAUUUGCUGUACUUUGUCAUUUGACGGGAAUUUUCCGUACAUUUACUGUGUUCUUGAAUCAUCCGUACGUCGCCGAGCAAAAACUCCCUCUUACUUCCAUUAUUACGCACAACUUCAACUUUCCCUGACCAGUCAGUUUAGGUGCUACUUCUCUUUUUCUAUUAUUUUUUUUUCUGUCUUCCUUCCUUUCUUACUUUGUUUCUUAUUUGUUUCUUUCUUUCUACCCUUUUAUCCUCUCUUUCUUUCUUUCUUUCUUUCUUCCAUUCUUUCUUUCUUUCUUAUUCUUCUUCCACAAUAUAUGGGAGAUACAAUAACUUCAAGCGCUUGAACCAUUUUUUGAUGUAUUAUAAAUUGUUGUUUUUCUUGUGAUUGGAAAAUAGCUGGGGGCUUCCCAGCAGGAUAUUGAAAUAAACAAUUAAAAUGAAAUGAAAUAAUAAUGAUUUUUGGUAUGAUUUAUGUCUCGUUAUACAUUAUCUGGUACGGUGUUUUUUUUUCUUCCUGUUUUGGGGGUUGUUAUACCUCUUCAAUGCUCUACCCAUCGACAGCAUGUAGGCCAACAUAUAUAUAAUCACAAAUGAGUGAACAAAACCAUUGUUAUUGAGGGAGUUGUAUGUGUCUUUUCGAUUGAAUUUGAUUUUUUGUAUACAAAUAAAAUAAUGUGAAAACAUGGUCGAUUCAUAGAUCGUGAU